AUGCCCACCUGGCUGGUCCAUGGCUUUCGCUGGCCGCGAGCCCAAGUUCGCAUCCACACCAUUCUCCAGAACCUCGAUGAUGUCGCCCCCGAGUGGGUCAUGGCCCCCGCGACCCAAGCCUGCCUGACCGACAACUUCAAGCAGCAAUGGCCCGAUAUCAUGGCACGCCUGCCCACCCUACGCUUCAUCGAGCAGUACGACCCAGACGACCUCACAGUCAAGGACCAGCCCUACGCAUACGUAUGCGACCAGGUCCACGACAUCAAGCUAGGGAUAGACGUAGAUGAGCUGCAACAGGCACCUGCCCUGUCAGACGAGCAGUUGGCCGCCGUUGCAGAGCUAAGAGACAAGGUCACACCAGACGCCAAACUCGGCUGGUUCGUCGUGGUCAAUGGCGAUGUAGAGCGGUGGGCCCCACCCCUGGACGACGACGACGACGACGACGACGGCGACGACGGCCUACAACACGAAGAGGACGAGGAAGAAGCUGAGACAAAGACGCUGAGCCCGCCAGCAAGAAGUCCCGGGAGCAGCGUGUGGACAGGCAAUGCACAAGAACCCGUACGACCCUCGACAAGCAGGAGCAUGAAGAACUGGAUAGGCGGCAUGCUCCGCAAAACACGAAGCUCCAAAAGCCUGAGAGGCGAAGCAACGCAAUCAAAGACUCCACCACCGGUCCCCCCACUACCGCCCAUGUCUCCAAAGGCAGCACUAUCCUUACCCAAAUCGGCGAAUGACAAAACGUCGAUACCACUCCGUCCUGCGCGUUGA